AUGGCGCUGGGAAGCAAGGAGGACGGCUUGAUGCGAGGGGGCAGGGCAGUCGUGACACGCGAAUCAGACGCAGACCAAAUUACAUUCCACAAAGUCGAGAUCCCACGAUACCAAGACUGGCCCAGCAGCAAACCAAACACCGCCUCCCCGUGUGGCUUGUGUACAAACCCCACGGCCGUCACAGAAACAUGCCCACACAACCAACGGCCGUCAGCAGCUUUGGGCGGACUCACUCCGGCCCAUGGCCACCCACCAGCAGAGUUCGGACUUGCCCUCCCAACAAGGCUAGGCAAGGGUCCAGCCCAUCUACCGCCUCUGCCUGCGCCCGGACUGAGGACGAGGCCAAAGGAAAAAGGGGGGAUAAAGCGCUCAGCCCGGUUUUGGGGACGAGCCUGCUUCCUCUACCUGUUCAACGUCUUUGUACCCGGUGCCUGA